AUGAUAUCCAGAUCUAUCUUGCGAGGUUUACCGCUUCGCAACGCGAUCGCACAUUCUCCUAACACUACCCCUCUCUUACAGCCGUUGUCUGUCACCCAAUACAAGCUACCAAGAUGGACACAUCCAUCUAUCAAUCCACCUCAUUCACGAUGCUACCAAAACCGCAGGCAGAGAUACUACAGAUUUGAUCCUAAUGAAGCUCGAAAUGCACGCCCUCUCUUGACCGAGCAACAUAUCAGAAACUUCACCAAACAUCCUGCUUUACACUCAUUCAUAGUCCUAUUAGCUGGUAGUGGUAUAUUGGUUUAUGCUAGCAAUAUCGAGGAUGUGCCGGUUUCGGGAAGAAGGCGGUUCAAUAUAUAUAGUCAUCAGGAUAUGGAAGCAGAAGGGCAGAUGAUGUAUGAACAGAUAUUGCGACAGUACCACAACCAUAUUCUUCCCGAUUGGGAUAAGAGGACUCAGAUGGUACAGAGAGUUAUGAGUCGACUAAUACCUGCGAGUGGCAUCGACAACGUAAAUUGGGAAGUAAAUGUGAUAGAGUCUCAAGAAAUGAAUGCCUUUGUUAUACCUGGAGGCAAAGUGUUUGUCUUUACAGGAAUAUUGCCGAUUGCUAAAACAGAUGACGGCCUUGCUACAAUUCUCGGUCAUGAAAUUGCUCAUAAUAUCGCAAAUCAUUCGGGAGAAACAAUGAGCAAAACCGCGGUAUUUUAUAUGCCCUUGCGUAUAUUAUUUCGAUUCCUAGAUGCCACAGGAUAUACUGGAGGUUUAGGUGAAAUAUUAGGAGCUCUCGCACUUGAAUUUGGCAUGAACUUACCGGCAUCAAGAAACCAGGAAACAGAAGCUGAUCAUAUUGGACUGAUGGUCAUGGCAAAGAGCUGUUAUGAUCCUCACGCAGCAGUAGGCGUAUGGGAGAGGAUGCAGGCCGCAGAGAAGAAUGCACCACCUGAGUGGUUUUCAACUCAUCCAUCGAAUAACAAUCGAAUAACACAAAUGCAAGAAUGGAUGUCCAAAGCGGAGGCCGCAAGAGACGAGAGUGGAUGUGCGCCUACUAAGAAUCAUUUCAACAGCUUUCGAAAUUCAUAUGGCGAGCUUUGGUCAUAA